AUGAAAGAAGCAAGAGCAGCCUCAGAUGAACUUAUUAAUCUGCUUACAAGAAGCAAGGGAGUACCUCCAAAACUCCCAAAUCAAACAAUUUUAACAGUUUUACACGCAUCAAAAGAAUUAUUUGAAAAAGAACCCAAUAUUUUAGAUCUAAGAACACCAAUCAAUGUUGUUGGUGACAUCCAUGGCCAAUUUCCUGACUUAAUGACCAUAUUUCAAGACGGAGAAUUCCCACCUAAUUCAAGAUAUUUAUUUUUAGGUGAUUACGUUGACAGAGGUACGCAAUCACUAGAAGUAAUAUGUCUUCUUCUAGCUCUAAAAGUUCGGUAUCCAAAUCACAUGUUCCUUUUGCGAGGAAAUCACGAAACAAAAGAAAUGACCGAAGAAUACGGAUUUGCUGUAGAAUGCAGCUCAAAGCAAAACAAAGCUACAUACUCCGAGUUUAUAUCUGUUUUUGAUACCUUACCAUUAGCCGCAAUUAUUAAUAAUUCUUAUUUUUGCGUUCACGGCGGAUUGACACCAGAUCUUCACGAGCUUUCACAGAUACGAGCAUUACCACGCCCUACACAAAUACAGGAGCACGGAUUCCUUGCAGAUCUCGUUUGGUCAGAUCCAGACAGAGAUUUCGAAGAAUUCGCUCCAAGUGAACGCGGAUUAACAGUUAAAUGGGGUUUUAAACCUGCACAGCAGUUCAUGGAAGCAAAUAACCUGACUAAAAUCAUCAGAGCGCAUCAAAUGGCUGAAGAAGGAAUUGAAUAUCCUUUUUCACCGGAAAACUCAGUAAUUACGGUGUUUUCAGCACCAUGGUAUGCUGGAGAGUUCAAAAAUAAAGGUGGAUUCCUUAAAAUAGAUAAAAAUAACAACAUUGAACCAAUAAUUAUAAAUCAUAACGAUAAAGCUCCUCCAGUGACAUUUGCACAGCCUACACAGAACAAGAAUGAGGGAAAGGGAAGAGGCAAAGGCGGAAAAGAUGGUAAGAAAGGAAAAAGAAAAUAA